GGACGACCCAGGACACACUGGAGAAACUACGUUUCUCUGCUGGUCUGGGAAUGCCUCUGGAUCCUCCAAGUAGAGCUGGCUGAAGUGGAUGGGGGAAGGUAAGUCUUGGUGUUCCUGCAAAAACUACUGCCCCUAUGAUCUGACCUCGGAUAAGUGGUAGAAGGUAGAUGGAUGGAUACAUACUGUAUGGUUAGUAUUUAUGGCAUUAGCGAUGUCUGUUCAUGAUUUUGCAAGUGUUAGUUUUGAUCCCCGGAUUAACAGUUUUACUCCCACUUAUUGAUAAUUAGAAAUAAUGAUGUGACACUGUCUGAUAUAAAAAAUAAAACUAGACCGAUAAGCGGUGUAUCAUUCAGGUGGUUGCCAAUUGUUGGUGACCAUCAGACAAAUGGCUGCCUUUGCUUUGGCUCGUGACCGUAAUGAUUUCUUUUUAACCAAAAUUCUUCACUUGCAAAACCAGAAAUAAUCAAUCUAUCAUUCCAUCCAUUUUCCUAGCCGCUUAUCCUCACAAGGGUCGUGGGAGUGCUGGCCCCAACCCAUCUGUCAACGGGCAGGAGGUAGGGUACACCCCGAACUGGUUUCUGGCCAAUCACAGGGCACAUCGAGACAAACAGCCGCACUCACAAUCACACGUAGGGGCAAUUUAGAGUGUCCAAUUAAUGUUGCAUGUUUUUGGGAUUUGGGAGGAAAAAAGAGUGCCUGGAGAAAACCCACGCUGGCAUGGGGAGAACAUGCAAACUCCACAUAAGCGGGAACCGGGAUCGGACUCUGGACCUCAGAACUGUGGGGCCAACACUUUACAGCUGCGUCACCGUGCCGCCGAAAUCGUCACUAUCCACAGUGAUUUAGUGUAUGUUUGUCAGCACUUGCUUAAAUUAUGAGCAAUCCAGAUACUUUGAGUUCAUAACUGCGACGUUCGGGGCUCACGCGUUCAGUGUCCUACAGAGCAGCAGACUCACUUAGCAGCUCAACCCGACAGAGGAGCAAUCAUGUUUUUUUGGGGUGAAAUUAAAAAAUAAAAAAUAUACUAUAAUUAGCUUAGUAGCUGUCGCAGAAUUAUCUAUAUUGCGGUCAUUUUCAUUAGUAUGAUAUAGUAUAUUUACAGGUACUGUCACAAAGUGAAGUCAAAUCUGAAUUGGUUUGGACCCAAGAACAGACUGAGGCGGAGGGAGUAAAUUUAGACUGGUUUACAGCAGAUGGGCUCAGGGUAAUAUCCAAGGCUAGGUGGAAGACCGUUGGGAGAAAGAGUGAGCAGGAAGUGGGAACGUAAGCGGGUGGGAUAGGUUGGCAUCAUGGCUGGAGCAGCCGCCGCUCAGCAGUAGCAGUCAGGCACGGGAGGAACCCUGGAGACGAGGAAGAAUAAAACUUGGUGAGUACAGAUGCAGUUUGUGGGAUAAGCAGGUUGUUGGAUAUUUACUUUUGUAUCAUAAACUUGUGAGAAUGAGUCACAAACAAGGGUCAAUACUCAGCAACAGGACUUACCAGACUUUAAAUGCAGCCAGUAAUUAGUGCUUCUUGAAGACAGGUGCACUGCACAGUUGAUGCUAAUUGCUUGCAAGACAGAGGGGAAAAGGGAGAGACAAGGCACCACCCAAGCUCCAACAGAGGAACUGCAGGGCAUGGAUCAUGGGAGCUACUUCUAAAAAAUGAGAAUAAUGUCAAAAGCAUAAUUUAGUUGGUUAAAUUGAAAAAGUGGAACUUGCUGGGCGGGGUUGGCUGAAUGGCUGCAAACACUGCAACACAUAUUAAAUUACACGCAGGCUUGGUCGUGUUGGACUUUAAACGGGUGGAGGGACGGACGGACCACAGGAAGUUUCUUUCUUCCUGGAAAAAAAAGACUCAAGUACUUGAAAUGGCGAAAUUUUUCACACCAGCUCAAAUCAAUGAAUUCAAAGAGUGCUUCUCAUUAUAUGACAAGAAACAAAAGGGAAAGAUUGACGUGAAGGACCUGGUCAUAGUUAUGCGUUGCCUCGGUACAAGCCCCACACUUGGUGAAAUUGAAAGGCAUUUGCAAGUCCACAAAAUUGAGAAGUCAGGGAGCUUGGACUUUUCUACAUUCCUGACCAUGAUGCACCGACAGAUACAACAGGAAGACCCUAAGACAGAAAUCCUCGAAGCCCUAAGGAUGACAGACAAACAGAAAAAAGGAUACAUUCAAGCUUCUGAGUUGAGAGCGAAGCUCACAAUGUUGGGAGAGAAACUUACUGUCAAAGAAGUGGACGACCUGUUCAAAGAAGCAAACAUCAAGCCAAGUGGAGCUGUUAAUUAUAAAGCGUUCACCGAAAUGGUGACUCUGCCACCUGUUGAUUACUGAGAUGAGAGUUGUGGCGAAGGAUAAACACUCCCAAAUUUUGCUGCCUGCUGACUUCAUUUGAAUCGUUUCAUCAAGUUUACAAAAACCUUCACAACUUUGUCUUUUGUUUGUAUCGUGCUGAAAUGCAUCUCAUCUUGCACAUUAUUUCUUUUUAUCUUUAUCAACCCCUGAUGCCCCAUCACUUUUGAAUAGCAUUCAUGUAAUGUAUUGGCUCAAUAUUAUUGAAAUUAACGAAAGAGAAAAUGGUCUAGCAUCAGACUUGUAAUCUUUGCGUCAAGUAGAAGCUUCACGGCAACCCACUGUUGAA